AUGACCCGCCGUCAACAAAUCUUCGCCUCCCUGACGACCUCCUCCUCCGUCCUCCUUAAGCUUCCUCACCCGUAUCUCACCCCCUACAUCGUCACCAAAUCCCCCUCCUGCGAAGACUCCUUCCAAUUGACUCCCCAGCCAUCGCCUGCUGAUGCCAAACCCCUCCCGACGCCACUACACAACCCUUCCCUCUCCUUCACCGAACCCGUCGACCUCAAGCUGGGCGAUCGUCCCAAGGACAGCAACAACACUGCCUGGGCGCGCGCCCGUCGUUCCCCCGCGGUAACGGUCCGAUGGGCAGACGAUGAGCCGACGAUCGGCCAGCUCUGGCUUGUUACAUAUGCCGUGUUCACGGUCCGGGGUAGAGAGGAGGCGUUCCGGCUGCGUGUUGAGGGAAAGGGCGCCGAGAAUGUCAAGAGGAGGUUGAAGGUCGUAGGGUUGGGGGUUGAUCAUCCCAAGGAAGCUCCUUCUACGACUGCUGCUGCCGCCAACAGCGAAGAAGACGACGAAAUCCUCAUCCUGCGCAGCUCCUUCUGGCAAGGCGCCGGCUCUCCAUUCGGGCCUCGUCCCGCUUGGACACCCGAGACUCAAGACCCAGAUCUUUCGAACUACCCUUUGCCUCCUCCCGCCUAUACUCUCAGCUACCGUACCUCCUCGGGCGGCGCGGCCCCCGAUCUGAGCUCAACCACCCCCCGCACGCCCUCCUGGCACCCGCAUCGCAGGGCGAAGCCUGCGCCGGGCAGCGUCAUCUACAGCCGGUGGAUCCCACAUCUCGGUGAGACCUUCAGCAUGGUGGCGCUGGAUGUGGAGAAUGAGAAGCAUGUGGCGCUGUUUCACAACUGGCAGAACGAUCCGCGCGUGUCGCAGGGGUGGGAUCUGCGGGGCACGCUGGACCAGCAUAGAGAGUAUCUGAGGAAGGUGAGGGAUGAUCCGCAUCGGUUAGCGGUGAUCGGGAGGUUCGAGGGGGUCGAGUUUGCUUAUUUUGAGGUUUAUUGGGCUAAGGAAGACCCCAUCUCCGCCUACUACCCUGCCGACGACUACGACCGCGGCCGCCACAGCCUCGUCGGCGACGUGCGUUACCGCGGCCCGCACCGCGUAUCGGCCUGGUGGUCCUCCCUCAUGCACUAUCUGUUCCUGGACGAGCCGCGCACGCGCUGGGUGGUGGGCGAGCCGAAGCAUACUAACAGCAGCGUGCUGGUGUAUGAUUUGAGCCAUGGGUUCAGUCUGGAGAAGCUGAUUGACCUGCCGCAGAAACGGAGCGCGCUGAUGAGGUGUAGUAGAGAGAGGUUCUUCCAGAUGUGUCCAUUGGAUGAGAACGAGAAGGUUGUGUUGGGGACGGGGGUGGGGUUGGUGCCGAAGUUGUAG